GGCCUCGUGAACGAAACAGCAGCUCCACAACUGAGUUCCUCCUCCUGGCCUUCGCAGACAGACGGGAGCUGCAGCUCUUGCACUUCUGGCUCUUCCUGGGCAUCUACCUGGCUGCCCUCCUGGGCAACGGCCUCAUCAUCACCACCAUAGCCUGGGACCACCACCUCCACACUCCCAUGUUCUUCUUCCUCCUCAACCUCGCUGUUCUUGACCUGGGCUCCAUCUCCACCACUGUCCCCAAAGCCAUGGCCAAUUCCCUCUGGGGCACCAGGGACAUCUCUUACUCAGGGUGUGUUGCACAGGUCUUUCUGCUUUUUUUCCUCCUUGGAGCAGAGUAUUUUCUUCUCACUAUCAUGUCCUACGAUCGCUACGUUGCCAUCUGCAAGCCCCUGCACUACGGGACCCUCCUGGGCAGAGGCAAUGCCCUGGACCAGUUCUUCUGUGAAGUGCCCGAGAUCCUCAAGCUCUCCUGCUCACAGUUCUCCCGCAGGGAACUUGGGCUUAUUGUUUUCAGUGCCUCUUUACUGUCUGGCUGUUUUGUUUUCAUUGUGUUGUCCUAUGUGGAGAUCUUCAGGGCGGUGCUGAGGAUGCCCUUGGAGCAGGGACGGCACAAAGCCUUUUCCACCUGCCUCCCUCACCUGGCCGUGGUCUCCCUGUUUCUCAGCACUGGCAUCUUUGCCUACCUGAAGCCUACCUCCAUCUCCUCCCCAUUGCUGGACCUGGUGAUGUCAGCUCUAUACUCAGUGGUUCCUCCAGCAAUGAACCCCCUGAUCUACAGCAUGAGGAACCAGGAGCUCAAGGAUGCUCUGAGGAAACUGGUAACUUCAUGUUUCUCUAAAAUAAUAAAAUGUCCAUCAUCUUCUGCA